AUGCCUACCGCUUCAGAGCGCAUCCACGCCUUGAACCCCUUCUCCAGGAAGGAGUCUCAUAGUGCUGGCGCCAUCACGACGUACAAGGUCCUGUCCAUAUUGAGUUGGAUCCUUUCUCUUGUCGUUACCCUAUACUACACCGUUUACGAGCCUCACGAUGGCUUCACGAUCCGGAGAAGAAUCUGGGAUCAGAACUGGCUGUACCCGACUGCAUUCACCCUCAACUCUGUCAUUGUUGACAUCUACUGGAUUGUUCUUUUUAUCCUUCAAAUCGGAUACGUCGGUCAUCUCUUCUCUAGCAACGCCGACUAUGUGAACGCCGCCGCCAGCGUUGGAUCUCACUUCAUCUUCAACAACCUCUUGCACUUCGCCUUCGUCAUGCUCUUCGUGCGCUCCCACUUCGCCUGGGCUGAGGUUAUCUUGAUUAUCAACUUCUUCAACCUUUCCUCGCUGUACUUCCGCCACAACACCUACCCGCGUUUCAUCCACUGGCCAGUCGUAUCUGCUCCUCUGGCCUGGACCUUUGUCGCUAUUUACUGGAACGGCGCCAUCAUGGUUCCCCACCCCCACAGCUUGGUUGCCCGCAUCUUUGGCAACAUCUUCAUUUGGUCCCUCCUUGUCUACGGAGGAUUCUUCAUCACCAUCUACAAGGACUACACCAUUGGCUUUUCCCUCAGCGUUCUGUCCGCCGCCAUCGGCGUUGCCCAGUUCGAGCGUCAGAUCAUUGCCUUCCAGUGGAUCUUCGCCUUCACCAUCAUGGCAGUCCUGUUCGUCUCAACACUCGUUAUUGCCUACCCUGCCUGGACUGGCAAGGAGUACUCCUGGACCCGCCGUUCGGCCCCCGCAGACCAGGAGCGUGCUCCUCUUCUGGCUGACGACCAGUAA